UCUAGAUUACAAAUAAUUUAGCGAAAAAUAAGAAUACAAAUUAAUUUAACGAAUAGCUUUUGGUGUAUCUCGUUUAUUUUCUUUUCUUCAAAUGGCAUAGCUUUUUUCUGUAGAAAAACUGUAGAAAGUCCUUUCUUUAGUGUUAGCAAAUACAUUAGCAGCCUAGCAGCCUAACUAUACAUUUAAAUUGCACAUAUAAAUUUCAUGUGUUCAUCUUGUUAAAUUAUUGUAGUGUAGUCAUAGAAAGUGACUUAUAUAACACGGUGUAGUCUACUAAAGUGAUUGUGUUUGUGGCGUCUGCAUAUGACUCUCUUGGAGUCAGGAUGUGGUUUACUGAGUGCAGCAACCGGAAACCUCAUUUUAUCCUUUAUCUGUCGCUUUGUCCUUGUAGUACUCAGUGUUUUAAUAUUGUUGUCACUGUCACCAUGUUCCCCAGGGUGAUUCUAAAUGGGACAAUGAUUAAAAAAUCUCAGCAAAAAAAAAUAACUUCUCCAUGCAACUACAAGGAGAGAUUUUUUGUCCUUGACACGGAGGCAUUGAAGUAUUCAGAGUGUCGCCCUGGAAAAAAGUCCAUACUCAAAGGUUGCAUCAAGUUAUGCAGCAUUAAGUGUGUGGAGACAGUGUUUUCCGAUCUCCCUAUUCCAUGUACCUUCAAAUACCCCUUUCAGGUUUUUCAUGACCAUCAUUUCCUCUACAUUUUUGCCCCAGACAAUGAUUGUCGUCUGAGGUGGGUCAAAGCUAUUAAAGAAGAGACAAAAAAUAACAAGCUGGUUGAAAAGUACCACCCACAAUUUUGGAUGGAUGGAAAAUGGAGAUGUUGCCAACAGUCAAAUAAACUGGCAAAGGGCUGCCAUGUAUAUGAUCCACUGGGUUACGCCUCUAAAAGACCCCUUCCUGGAAUCCCAGGUGCAGAGGUAGGAUUGCAAGACGCAUUGCAAAAGAUGGUCAUUGCAUUGCAGAACUACACACCAUUUAGAGACAAAGAGUUGGCACUUCAGAAAGACAAGGAGUACAUCCUGAUAGACAGCUCUAACCCCGAGUGGUGGAAUGUACAAGAUGAAAAAGGGAGCACAGGUUUAGUGCCCAGCACACACGUAACUGAAAAGUCAGAAAAGAACUUUGAGGGAUUUGAAUGGUACAGCAAGAACAUAACCAGAGGGGAGGCAGAAGACAUACUAUUCAAACAGGCAAAAGAGGGUGCAUUCAUGGUUCGAAAUUCAAGACAGACAGGCGUUUACACAGUGUCAGUCUUCACCAAAGCACCAGGAUCUAAUGGGGAAAAAAAUCCAUGCGUGAAACAUUACCAAAUCCGACAGACCGAAGAAGGAGACCGUUCUUUUUACUUGGCAGAGAAGUACCUGUUCCGCACAAUUCCCGAGUUGAUCUAUUAUCACCAACACAAUGCUGCGGGUCUCAUAACACGUCUGAGACAUCCUGUCACUCAAGCAGGCGGCUGCUCCCAGGAAAUCGCUGGCCCCUCCCAAGAUGAGUGGGAGGUGGGUCCCGAAGAGCUGGACUUUGGUCUAGAAUUAGGCAGUGGACAGUUUGGGUUGGUGCUGGAAGGGACAUGGAGGGAGAAGAAGGUCGCACUGAAAAUGAUAAGAGAAGAGUGCAUGUCAAAUGAGGAAUUUAAAGAAGAAGCAAGAGUCAUGAUGAGAUUGCACCACUCAAAGCUGGUUCAGCUUUAUGGUGUAUGCACCCAGCGUUCUCCUAUGUGUUUGGUGUUGGAGUUCAUGGAGAAUGGUUGUCUGUCAGACUACCUGCGAACCAAUAAAGGGACUUUAUCCCAGGAUGCAAUGUCGGAGAUGUGUCUGGAUGUCAGUGAAGGGAUGGCCUACCUGGAGAUGUCAAACUUCAUCCACAGGGAUCUGGCUGCCAGGAAUUGCUUAGUUUCAAAGAACAACGUGGUGAAAUUGUCAGAUUUUGGCAUGACCAGAUAUGUUCUUGAUGAUCAGUACACGAGUUCCCUGUGUUCCAAGUUCCCCGUCAAGUGGUCAGCACCAGAGGUUAUCAAAUAUUGCAAGUUCAGCAGCAAGUCUGAUGUCUGGUCCUUUGGUGUUCUCAUGUGGGAAGUGUAUACAGAGGGCCGUCUUCCUUAUGAGAACCGCACCAACUCUGAGGUGGUGGAGUCCCUGAAUGCUGGCAUGAGGCUGCUAAAGCCCAAGUUGGCACCAGAGGCUGUGUAUUUGCUCAUGGAGUGGUGCUGGAAGGAGAAACCAGUGGAUCGUCCGUCCUUUGCUCUGUUGGUGCACGAGCUUUCUUCACUCUCCUCAUACUUGUGAGACAAGACAAUGGUAGUGGGUGCUAAAUUGUAAUAACAGGGCUGUAUUUAUUUUAUUUAUUGCAUCACUGUCAUUUGUUUCAUGUACUAUAUUAUUGAUGUUUCACACAAUCACCCCUGGUAACAUAGCCACCUCUGAGUUUUGCACUUUAUUUCUUUCAUUCCCCUGUAGUUACACAGUUACACAGUCUAUUUCAUGCACAAGACUGUUUAAUGAAUAUGCCUGCACAAGCUUAUGCAAUCAAAGCACUGCACAAAUAUUAUUGACCAAAUCAACUGUGGUAUGUGCAGAGUGACAAUGCCAUACUGAAGUUGUAACAACAACAUAUUAUGAAGCUAUUCGUGAGUGAGCGUUAACAGUUUGCACCAGAUCUAAAAAAAAGUGUGAUGGUGUCAGUUUAUUAGUGGUGGGCUACCACAAAUAAAUUAAUGCAUGGACCUGUAAGUAUAUGGCUUAACUAAGGACCAUAUUUGGUUGCUUGCAACUAUAAAAGUUCCAUAUGAAUCAGAUUAUACAAGGUAGCAAUGAUUCUACAUUGAUGUCUAUAAAGAACAUAUGGAGAAAAAACCUUGUCAUAUUAUGCAAUUUCUCUAUAUUGUAGGAAAAACCCUAUUUAAAAUAAAAUUACAGGAAAAAACAUACAAAUCCACAGUGUUUGCAUUGCUUUUGUAUAAUAUUAUUUCUACAAUGUGCCGCAAAUGGCCCCGAGCCUUGACUUUGGACACACUUGCCUUAGCUAAUUCAUUAUUUUGGUCCUACCAGCACACUACUAUCUUUUGGAAUUACAAACAGUAACAUGCACGUAGCAUCACCUUACAAUUAACAGAAUAGAUCAUUUAAACAUAUUUAGAUGUAUUCAGACUUUGUAUUGAU